AUAUAUAUAAUAAAAAUAAAAAAUGAAAAAAUUAAGAAGCAACAAGCCUCAGAAGUGGGUGUGGCCUUCAGGCGACUUGGGCUCCCGGAAGCCCUCAGGCCCCGCCCUCCGCCCCGCCCGCUUCAGUUCCCGCAGGCCUCGGGGGCCGCCGGGGCCUGGCUGCGGGUGCUGGGCUGGAGCUCAGGCUCUGCGGCACGGGCCGGUGGGACGUUGGCCGGGGCGCGCUGCGGGGCGGAGGAAGCGUCUGGCCGCCUCCUCCCAAGCCCGCCUCGGGUCGCGAUGUCGUCCGGGGCCGGUUCUCGGCGGUCGCGGGAGCCGGCGGAGCAGGAGCUGCAGCGGCGGCGGGAGCAGAAACGGCGGCGGCACGACGCGCAGCAGCUGCAGCAGCUCAAGCACCUGGAGUCCUUGUUGGCGUUGCAAACGGUAUGGCCAUCGAACAGGCGACAAAGAAUGCCCUUUCUUUAUCAAAGGCAACCAGAAGUUGGAACAGUUCCGAGUUGCACAUGAAGAUCCCAUGUAUGAUAUCAUUCGAGAGAAUAAGAGACACGAAAAGGAUGUAAGGAUCCAGCAGUUAAAGCAGUUACUGGAGGACUCUACCUCAGAUGAGAGCAGCUCCAGCUCAUCAGGCAGAGAGAAGCGCAAGAAGAAGAAGAAGAAAGAAAAACACAAGAAAAGGAAGAAGGAGAAGAAAAAGAGGAAGAAACGAAAGCACAAGGCUUCCAAGUCCAGUGAGAGUUCAGACUCAGAGUAACAGCUGAUGGCAGACUCUCAAAAACACCCACAGGCCAAAGAGCAGCCAUCCCUGAGAGCAACGGGACAGGGCAGGAGGGGACACCUGGUACAGCGGCGGACUCUCACCACCUCCUGGUACCAAGUGACCACCACAGGGCAGGCGGGCUCCCAGGUGCGGCUGCCAGCAGCACCUGUGUCCUCUUGCCUGCUGGUGACGUGUCUGUGAUUGCUGUAAUAGGCUGGCCACCUGAAGGGGACGGUGACCAGGAAACUCGUAGGAAACACUCUAGGGUGCUGCCACAGCAUUUGCCCUCCAUGGUGUGGCAGCUCAGUUCCCACGAACUUCAGGCUUGACCUUCUCUGUGGUUCGAGAUAAUAAAAGUUCAUGAUUUAUUUUUUAAA